GUCCUAUGGGAGAACUGUCAUGGGCUACAGGUCGUACGAGGCCGCCCCACCCCAGCAGCUGUCAAUGUCCAGUCAUCUGAGCUUCAUGCAGGAGCAGGUGUCCACCUGCCCCCCCUGCCCGGAGUUGGCUGACGUGGACAACGUCCCCCAGCCCUACCCUCCCGUGCAGGACAUGAGCGUCAUCAACUGUUCCAUCAACAAUGCCGAGAUCAUCGAGUGCCGCAGGGACGGGCCGGAAGUUUACAUGCCCGUGUCCUUCAUCAAUAAAUUUUUUGAUGUGUACGGCGGUCUCCGGAACAAGGACAACCAACGGAUCUACGAGUUCCAGUACUCUUACGGCAAGAUCUACCCCCCUCAGCCGCAGUACCACCCCGGGGGAGUGUUCCUCAACUUUGAGAAGUACAACGUGGAGGGGAGGGACAAAAUCAAAUGUGUCUCUGCUUGUGAUGGAGUGCCCUUGGCAAGCCAAUGGGAUCCAGAAGGCUACUAUUAUGCCAUCUCGGUAGCCCAGUACGGUCUUAGCCACCAUGCCAAAGGGAUCCUCAGCGGCAAUCCAAAACCAACGGUUGUAUCCAGUGGUAACCUUGACCCCUACAACUGGAUAGUCCCUGAUGGAGACUCCACCAUCUCAAUAGCAGAAGUCAAAGUCGGCAGCAACAGUAGAAAAGUUUUAUCGUUUAACUCCCCUGAAUCGCUAACCUCCCCUGGUCCAACACUCAACUUGGAAACAACGCAGCAGACUUUGUGUUUCGAUAUUUACAUGAACGGUCCAGGGGGAGUAACCGUGAAAAUUAGAACAAAAGAAGGAAAAGAUGGUUACGUCCACUUUAGCCAAGAGGAGAAGUACAUGUACAUAGAGAGUAACCAUGUGGUCUACGGCAUGGGGCGCCGCCACCUGGGGCGCUGGCACCAUCUGGCCAGGGACUUGGAUGUCGAUUGGUAUAAAGGACUGGACCACGUGAGAUACAACGCCCCAACGGUUUUCCACGAGAUAGUUGAGGUCACGCUCCACGGGUCAGGUUACCUGGACAACGUCACCCUCUCGUCAUCAGCCCACUUUGACCAUUUGAUAGACGCAGCGAACUGGCUGGUCAGCAACCAGGACAGUGCCGGUGGGUGGCCCACAAGUAUCGGCAUGAGGACGGGCGACAUUGAGCUCAAGCCCGGCUGGUACUCAGCUAUGGGUCAAGGUCAGGCCAUGUCCACUCUAAUCCGUGCCUAUAAUCUCACUGGACAGCGGCACUACGUCGAUGUUGCGGUAAAAGGCCUCCAUCUAUACGAGCUUGGAUCUGAAGAAGGAGGAGUUCGAGCCAGAUUUUUGGGACAGCUGGAUUGGUACGAGGAGUAUCCCACCACACCGACCAGCACCUUCGUCCUCAACGGUUUUAUCUUCUCCAUGAUGGGGCUGUAUGACGUCAUGAAAACAGCAGACGGGGAGGGCCAACGACUGGCUGAGCGGCUUUGGUCCUCCGGCCUCCGGUCCCUAAAGAUUAUGCUGGGGAUGUACGACUCGGGGACGGGCACGCUGUACGACCUGCGUCACGUGAUCAACCACGAGCAGCCGAACCGCGCGCGCUGGGACUACCACCUCACCCACAUCGCCCUGAUCCAGGAGAUGGCCAUCAUUGACGGGGACGCCAUAUUCCACCAGGCGGCCAGCCGGUGGAUUGAUUAUUUGUAUGGGACCAAAUCCAAACACAACUAACUAAUUAUUUAAUUAGAGAAUUGUUUAUCUGUG